AUGUCAGCUGACUUAUUUCAUCGCAAGCUCAACAAGUAUGAAUGGAGCGAGUCCUCCUCUGUGAAGUCGGUUCUCCCGUACGCUGGUGAAUUAAUUAGGGAGGUGCUUGGAGGUGCACUAGCCUGCACUGAAAAAAGGGUAUAUCUCUGUGGUGGCUAUGAUCCACGAACUGGUCAUAGCCUUUCACAGCUGGCGGAGUUUGAUUUCUUCACAAAGCUAUGGUCAAAAGGACCAUCGUUACCAGAAAAGAUAAGAGACGCCGCUGCUGUCGCCUUUGGAGACUAUUGUCUUCUUUUUGGUGGUUGGAAUGGGGAGACGUACAGCAAAAACCUUUGGAUGCUUGUCCCAAAAAACCCAGAGAUCUCGAACACCAGUGGCAAGGAAACGAUUAGUUACCAAUGGACUUUGGUACCUCCCGUUGGACCAGCGCCCUCGGCUCGGGUCUGUCAUGGGAUGGUGUUGGGAGCUGCUGGCGAUGAGGGAGGCACAUCACAGAAACCAGUGGUGUAUCUCUUUGGCGGUUUUAAUGGUGAAAGAAGGUUGAAUGAUGUUUGGCGUCUGCGAUUGAGUACCUUGGUUGAGCAAGGCGUUGCAACGUGGGAGUUGGUUGAGGUUAAAGAGGGAACUCCACCGUCACCACGCGAUGAUGCGGCCAUUGCGUUUGACAUGGUGAGUGAGCGACUGCUGGUCUUUGGAGGGUUUGCAUCCUCCCUACAAAGUGAUCUUCACAUCUUGUCGCUGCGCGGGGGAGAGAACAGGUGGAUGUGUCAGCCGUGCAUCAGCGUUCCAUCCAGGCGUCAAGGCUGCGUGGCCGCGGUGUCAAACGGCUAUCUGGUGGUGUGUCUUGGAGAGGAUGAGAAGGGCCCUUUACUUCAAAUUCUUCAGCUUUCCUUGACGGACUUCAAGUGGUGUGUGAUUUCUUUUGACAAGGAUGACUUUGUGGGACGCGGAGGCUGCGUUGGGUGCGUGAGUGAAAAGGGGAAACGCAUUGUACUCUUUGGUGGGGGGGUUCUGCCGAAGGUUCACUCAAGCCUUUUGGAGUUGGAACUGGAGAAGGCAGAUUCAGGUAGUGCAAGAAAAAAAUGA